CUGUACCCAGUGGGUGCCUCCUUCCAUGCGCCACCAGCCUUCCUCAUCGAGCGGGCAGCAGCGCCUCUCUUUGGCACCAAGGCCUAUGGCGUGCACAUGAACGGCUACACACACGUGCCCUCCUCCCCUCCUUCCUCCUCCUCUUCCUCCUCCACUUCUUCUCUGCACCUGUGGGUGGCACGGCGGUCCCCCUUAAAGCCCACGUUCCCCAACCAACUAGACCAUCUCGUGGCUGGCGGGCAGCCGCACGGCAUCAGCUGCCGGGACAACAUGAUUAAGGAAUGUGGAGAAGAGGCGGACAUCCCAAGGCACUUGGCAGAGAGGGCAGUGCCAGUGGGAGUGGUGAGCUAUGAGACAGCGACAGCAGCCAACACACUCAAGAGGGAUGUGCUCUUCUGCUACGACCUCCUGCUUCCACCCGAGUUCACCCCCAGAAACACAGAUGGGGAGGUAGCAGAGUUUUCCCUGCUGCCAAUUCAAGCUGUGGCUAAUAUCGUGGCCAACACUAAGGAGUACAAGGCGAACUGCAACCUCGUUAUUAUCGACUUCCUUAUAAGACACGGUAUGAUUUCUCCGGAUUCACAAGGCUAUCUCGACCUGCUGACUGGCCUUCGCCAAGGCUCAUGUGCCUGA